AUGCAUGAGAGCCUGGUCACGGCCAUGCCUGGCACACCCCCUGAUGGCAAGCUGGGUGUACGUGAGCCACGAACAGAACACUUGAUUGUCCUGUACGAGGAGAAGGGUGGGAAGCUAACACGCAUGUGGUUGAGGCCUGAUAGUGAAAAGCUGGGCAGCGACCCCUAUGCUGGUGAGGACAUCCUAGCAUCCAGCGAGGCAUACAAGCAAUUUGAGGCAAAAUUGAAAGAAGUCACGGGCGGCAAACUGGGAGAGCGCAUCUUCCACAACUACCAUGACAUCCCGAGUGUUGGCUGA